AGGGGAGCUUGAGGGCAAACGUUCUUCGCGUCUCUGUUUAAUGUUUUCUUUGACAUUUAAAGCAAUGAUACCCGCUCAACAACCAAAAUAAAGGUUGAACUUUUACUCAGUAUCUGAAGUGAAGGGCCCACAGAUUCUGCUUGCAGACUGAGACACUGGGGAAGGUGGGGGUGGUUGUGUUAAAUGCAAGCAUUGAUAGAAGGCAAAAACUUCAAAAGAGGCAAAUGCAGUGAUGACGAAGAACAUAAUCUUCAAAAGAGUGCAAAGAUGUAAUGUUGACAGCAACUGGUAGGGAUGGUUUUUGUCCCAAAUAAAAAAGGAUUUAGAUCUUGGACAGCAACAAAGGCAUCCAAGGCACCCGCUCCACAGCCAAGGAUAAUUUUUAAUGUCAGAGGCAUUCAGUGGUCCACGAAGAAAAGAUGGUAUAAAGAAUGGCAGGAAAAAGAAAGACACGAGGAAGCAGCAAAGGGCGCCCACAAACUGAAGGGGCACGCUCACAACAAGGAGAAAAUUCUGCCUUUUCAAAUAUUAGCCUCACACAAUGUAGCGAAAGUGUUGAGCUCCAACAAAACUGAAUUUGGAUGAUGAUAUGGUAAUAUCAAUGUCCUUUUUAUGUGAUAAGGUAUUGUUAUAUGGUAAUCAUCUGAAAACAAUCCAUUGUAUUUACUAUGUUGACCAUGAUACUAUUUUUCGUUAUGCCAAUAAUGACACUAGUUACUU